AGUAAUUGUAGAGUUGGCCAAUGAGGAGCGGCGUUUCAUGGAGUCCGGCGCUGCGGAGUUUCUGGGUGAAGCGAAGGCUCCGCACAGUGCGUGCUGUGUUAUUGUAUCGUUGAGCGAGCUGUAAAGAACACAGUUUGUGCGAGUACAGAGAGUAUCUCUGGCUUUCCUUAGGGUUUAAGAUCUAAAACUCCGAUAUUAAGUAACUUAAGGAUCCAGGGAUCGCAAACUGACUGAGAGUACUCAAAGCCAGAAUCGCCCAGGAAACAAGACUAGGAAGAAAGAGACCGCUGGGAGCUGCGAGGAGCCAAGGAAGGGAGAGCAAGUGGAGUUUGUGGGCAGCUGUCUUGGAUGCGGUGCUCCCCCUAGCAGUCUUGGCGAGUGACAAUGUAAAGAAGGCCCUAGAGCGGCACGCUGUUGAGAGGAAUGGAUGUUGCGUCUCCAAACUGAGUGUAUUGAAGAACCGAGAGGAGUGAGCAAGGCCCGGCUAUGACCACCUCCCACAUGAACGGGCACAUGACGGAGGACUCUAACACAGACGUGAAGAACGCGGAGCUGAGCGAACCCCCGCGGCACCGCGAGAUGGCGGUGGACUGUCCAGGGGAGCUGGGCUGCAGGACCCUGCCUGUGAGGCGCAGCGCCCAGCUCGAGAGGAUCCGCCAGCAGCAAGAAGACAUGCGGAGGAGGCGUGAGGAGGAGGAACGCAAACAGGAGCUGGACGUCAACGCCUCCAUGAGGCUCAAGAAGCUGUCCCAGAACCCCAAGAUCGGCAUCGACAACCCCACCUUCGACCCUGUAGAGGGACAUGUACACGAGGGGCCCAGCAACCUGGCCAAGGUCUUGGAGCUAGAUGACCUCCUGUCUUCGCUGAAGCAUAUCCAGCAUAGUCUAGUGGACUCUCAGAGCCAGGAAGAUAUCUCUGUUGUCUUACAGCUAGUCCAAAAUACAGAUUUUCAGAAUGCCUUCAGGGUGCACAAUUCAGUGGCAAUCAACAUGAGCAAAGCCAGCCCUCCCUUCCCGCUGGCAGCCAAUGCACAAGAUUUAUCACAAGAGGUUCAGAACAUAUUUAGAACAAGCCUGCAGAAGGAUGGACAAGAAUUGAAUGCUUUGCUAACCAAACCGCAUCUUCAGACGGGGCUGUUUUUCAUGCACCAGGCGCUGAUGCUGGCCCAUGACAGGGUAGCUGAGCAGGAGAUGCAGCCCCAGAUAGCGGCAGAAACGCCCCAGGACUGCACGUACGAGACCAUGACUCGAUACGGAGGGGAGACGCUGAAGAUUGUCCGCAUUGAAAAGGCCCGCGAUGUACCGCUGGGAGCCACGGUGAGGAAUGACGUGGACUCUGUGAUCAUCAGCCGGAUAGUGAAGGGAGGGGCAGCUGAGAAGAGCGGCCUGCUACACGAGGGAGACGAGGUCUUGGAAAUCAACGGCAUCGAGAUCCGGGGGAAGGACGUCAACGAGGUCUUUGACAUACUGGCGGACAUGCACGGCGCGCUGACUUUCGUUCUCAUUCCCAGCCAGCAGAGUAAAGCCCCUCCAGCCAGGGAGACUGUGGUUCAUGUCAAAGCUCAUUUCGACUAUGACCCCUCUGAUGACCCGUACGUGCCGUGCCGGGAGCUUGGGCUGUCCUUCCAGAAGGGGGACAUCCUGCACAUCAUCAGCCAGGAGGACCCCAACUGGUGGCAGGCCUACCGGGACGGGGACGAGGACAACCAGCCUCUCGCGGGUCUGGUUCCAGGGAAAAGUUUCCAGCAGCAGAGAGAAGCCAUGAAGCAAACCAUAGAGGAAGACAAGGAACCUGAGAAGUCAGGUAAACUAUGGUGUGCGAAGAAGAACAAAAAGAAAAGGAAAAAGGUUUUGUACAACGCCAAUAAAAAUGAUGAUUUCGACAAUGAGGAGAUCCUGACUUAUGAGGAGAUGGCUCUCUAUCACCAGCCAGCCAAUAGGAAACGGCCUAUAGCCCUCAUUGGCCCUCCUAACUGCAGCCAGAACGAACUCCGGCAAAGACUGAUGAGUAACGAAGCCGACCGGUUUGCAGCUGCUGUGCCACAUACGACGCGGAACAGGCGUGAUAAUGAAGUCAAUGGCCGGGACUAUCAUUUCGUUUCACGGCAGGUCUUUGAAGCCGACGUGGCUGCGGGGAAGUUCAUUGAAUCAGGAGAGUUUGAGAAGAACCUGUACGGCUCCAGCACUGACUCUGUGCGCCAGGUCAUCAACUCCAGCAAGAUCUGCCUGCUGAACCUGCACACACAGUCUCUGAAGGUUCUGCGCAGCUCGGACCUCAAGCCAUACAUUAUCUUCAUCGCUCCUCCAUCACAAGAAAGGCUGCGCGCACUGCUGACCAAAGAGGGGAAGAACCCAAAGCCGGAGGAGCUUAGAGACAUCAUCGAGAAGGCGCGGGAGAUGGAGCAAAACUACGGGCACUACUUCGACGCGGCCAUCGUGAACACAGACCAGGACAAGGCGUACCAGGAGCUGCUGCGGCUCAUCAACAAGCUGGACACAGAGCCCCAGUGGGUGCCCUCCUCCUGGCUGCGCUAGGGAGCCCGGACAGUGGGUGCCCUCCUCCUGGCUGCGCUAGGGAGCCCGGACAGUGGGUGCCCUCCUCCUGGCUGCGCUAGGGAGCCCGGACAGUGGGUGCCCUCCUCCUGGCUGCGCUAGGGAGCCCGGACAGUGGGUGCCCUCCUCCUGGCUGCGCUAGGGAGCCCGGACAGUGGGUGCCCUCCUCCUGGCUGCGCUAGGGAGCCCGGACAGUGGGUGCCCUCCUCCUGGCUGCGCUAGGGAGCCCGGACAGUGGGUGCCCUCCUCCUGGCUGCGCUAGGGAGCCCGGACAGUGGGUGCCCUCCUCCUGGCUGCGCUAGGGAGCCUGGACAGACACGCAGACACAGGGAGGAAGCUUUUCAGCAGGCCCUGCAAGAGGACUGGCUCCCCUGGGGUUAAGACUGCGAAGUAGAACCGCAUGGCCACACAAUGGGAGACCUUUCAUUUUCUAAAGGAUGAAUUUGGAUAGCAAACCAGUGGACAGAAGGGGUUGAAUUCUGUCCUAUUUUAAAAUGUACCGGAAGGGUCAGGGAGUACUUUUUAAAAAAAUAAGUUAACGAUCAACAUUCCAGUUCUUACCAGCACUUGGUGGGAGCAACAGAAAUAGUAAUCUACAGCUUUGGUAUCUAUUUAUAUAAUGUAAAUAUAUGUAAGAAAAAACAACUACUUUUAGUACAAAUACCUGAGUCACAGUGCACAGUGUGUCCAACCUAUAUUUUAAUAUAAAUUAUAUAUAUAUAUACUGAUUUUUUUUUUUCUUUCUGUAUUUUUAUAUAGGUUAAUGAUUUUUUCAUAGAUGAUUGAGCACAUUGGCAACAGUUCGAAUUAAGUUACUGUUCCUCACUUUGUAGGGAUAAUAAUGUGUUUAGAUGGCAGUAUAUUUUUAUUUAAAAUAAAUAAAUAAAAAUAAAUCAUGUGAAGUUCACUGCUAGAUCUUGUUUUCUAGUUGUUUUUUCUUGUUAUAUCUGUUAACUAAAAUUGUAGUUUUGUGUUUUUCUGAUGCUGGGGGAUGCAAUGGUGUGGAAUGCAAGGACAGUGCGUGAUUUUGUGAUUGUAAAAUGUAAUGUAGAUAAGAGAAUAAACUGGAAUAAUUAGAAUUAUUAAUUAAUGGAAGUACUGUAUAAAAAAGGCAAUGUUUUUUAAAUUGAAAUUGUCUCAUUGCUCAGUAAUUAAAUCGAGGAUAGUGGAGAUUGUAUUACAGGGAUACUUCAUACAUUUUACUAACCUGUCUAAUGUCCUGUUAUGUAAACUCAGUAUAAUUCUGUUUCUGCUUAGAUCAUUUAUUUGUUCCAGCAUAUGUUGCUUAUGAAAAGACUUCAAGUCCAAUUUUAGUGGUGAAGCACGUCUGUUUUGUACAGCUCCACUGAUAGACUUAAGUGCAUUGUGCAACACUAAAAUGCUUCCCCGCCUCAAUCCCCUGCUGUUUUUCGGAAGCAAUUUUUGCUAGAAUAAGUUCGUAAGUGUGGCAAAUAUUGAUCUAAAGCAGAAACAUAGAUUUUAAUAAACAGGUAAGAAAUGAAAUACAAAUAAUAUAUCUGCUAUCUCUUUAAUAGUCACUUUAAAAGUCGGCUGUUGUACUUCACCUUGUGCUACACUGUGUUGAUGGAUGCAGGACGUGUUGAAUGACAUGGUAUCCCACUAUAUAUUGCAAUGAAAAUUCUUUAGAAAUGGUUUCCUGGCUGCGACCAGAGUCUGUCCCUCAUCCAUCCCCGAUUGAAACACAUUUCUUGUCAGAGUGACUUUUUUGUGAAGCUGUCGUCAGGACUUUUUUGAAAGUCUUUUAGGUUGAGCUCCAUAUUUCUGGUAUAGAAAUGCCCAGCUCGAGUAGGAAACAUGCCCCUUGUCUGGAAGCUUCUUCUGGUAUCAGUAGUACCAUAGCCAUGUGUACUAAUAGCUAGCGCAGAAGGCUGCCGUCUAUUAGGAGUUGCAGGCAUUACCCUUGCCUGCUUUUAAAGGGUUGAUUUGAUCCACAAAUAGAUUUUUUUUUUUUUUUUUUUUAGUUACUGUAGCAGGGAAUCCCCCUGGAUUGCAUCAACCGCUUAUUUAGGUAAACCCAAAACAUAAGAGCAGUCCCAAAAUAAUCCUAGAUUGCUGGUUGAAACAAUCCAGGGUUAUUCUCCAUUGCUGUAAAAUGCUCAAAGUUCUGUCUCAUCCUGGCGUGCCAUAGGUUAAUCAAAUCAGUUUCUUAUAAGUUUUACCUGAUUUGAUUUAAGAUUUCCUUGACAAUAGGAAUCUCAAACCUCCAGAAGGCGAGACCGUUCUUUCUAAAGGUGUUUAUCAGUCAAGGCUUUGCUUCAGUCCUACUUGGAAAUGUUGCUGGUACUGUAACUAUUUUCUGAAUAACUGUUUUUUUACAGUGUUGCUGAAGGUCCCCACACUAUUUCACUACCCUCAGUACUUCAUGAUUUGUUGAUGUGUAAAUGUGUACUACAGAUUGCAUAAUACUGUGCCUUUUAAUUUCGUUUUAGUUUGUCUAGGAGCCACAUUGAAAAAUCGUAAUGUCAAAAACGCUAUAGCCCACCCUUUCUGUCAUUGAGGGUGAGGCAUAUUUCAUUAAUAAAAAUCAGCAUCUAGCCCAACACUGAA